AUGAAUAAAAUGAAAGAUUUGAGUCUGGAAGAGACAAUGAUUCAACCUGUGUUAUUUGAAUUGGAUGGUGUUCUCCUCACACAACCAAUUGCCAGCAUUUGGGACCAAGUGUGGAAGUUCAAAGCCAAGCCUGAUGAUGUGCUCAUUGCAACCUAUGCAAAAGCAGGUACCACAUGGACCCAGGAGAUAGUGGAUAUGAUUCAACAUAAUGGAGAUACUGAGAAGUGUAAACGUGAGAGUACUUACAAACGCCACCCUUUCCUCGAGUGGUUUUUGGCAGAGCCUCCAUCUGCACGUUACUCAGGUCUGGAGUUAGCUGAAGCCAUGCCAUCUCCACGGACAAUAAAAACUCAUCUGCCCACGCAGCUGCUGCCUCCAUCCUUCUGGGAGCAAAACUGUAAGAUAAUCUACGUGGCAAGAAAUGCAAAGGACAACCUGGUGUCAUACUACCAUUUCCACAGAAUGAAUAAAGGAUUGCCUGAUCCAGGAACCUGGGAGGAGUUUGUGGAGAAAUUCAUGACUGGAAAAGUCCUCUGGGGUUCCUGGUAUGACCACGUAAAAGGAUGGUGGAAGGCAAAAGAUAAGCACCGUAUACUCUAUCUCUUCUAUGAAGAUAUGAAGGAGAAUCCAAAGCGAGAAAUUCAGAAGAUUGCAAAGUUCCUAGAAAAGGAUCUGAGUCAGGAGGUUCUAAACAAAAUAGUCCAUAACACCUCAUUUGAGGUAAUGAAGGAAAACCCCAUGGCAAACUACACUAAAGACUUUCAAGGAAUAAUGGAUCAUUCCAUUUCCCCAUUCAUGAGAAAAGGGACCGUUGCAGACUGGAAGAAUCAUUUCACUGUGGCACAGAAUGAGAAAUUUGAUGAAGAUUAUAAGAAGAAAAUGUCUGAUACCUCUCUUGUUUUUCGCAUGGAAUUGUAA